GUAACUACUGGGGAUAAAAUUGUAACCAAUAACGGAGUGUUCCCGAUACUGUAUGGGGACGAAUAUUCUGGAGUCUAGAAGUGCCAUCCGCCGUAGAAUUUCUCCCCUCAUCCAAUAUCAUACCGUACUCUACACUUCCUCAUGUUCUCGCGAAUCCCCACCUGCAGCGACAGCGGGGCAAGGAUACCACAUAGCAUAGCACGUGCCAAUCCGGCCUGUCAGCCCGUCAUGAGACCCGACCACACAGCGAAUGCGAAGGAAACAAAGUGCACGCACGCAGUUGACUGCAUACCGUAUCGUAUCGCUAUAUGUGUUUCUAGAGCGAGGAGUCGAGGGCCGCCAAUAAUCGGCGUCCGCGUAGCAAACGGAUCGUUGAGAGGUGAGGGGCUUGCAGCCCUUUGGUAUAGAUUUUCUUUGCGUGUUCGCGAACGACAGCCGGCCUGGGGGUUUUUCUUUUGGGAGAUCGCGGCGGGCUUGCGGAAUCUGUGGAAGCUGUGGAAGAUGGCAGUGCAAGAGGCUGGUCUCGAGCCCACAGUCCUGUGGACGUUUUCCGACUGUUGGGCCUCGGUCCGCCGGCCGAGCGUGCCUCUACGGGCCGACUAUACUAGUAAGCAGCUCCCCUGGGUACCUUGGUACUCCACAGCGACCGUGCCUUCCGAUGCAGAGCGAUCGUCAUGGGGGAUCAUCACGUCCUUCUUUCCCUUCUUCUCCAGGGUAAUAAGUGCCAUACCAACCUACCUACAUGGGCCACCAAGUAUCUACAUGGGGCCUCCUCCCACCUCCGCCCUCCAAACCUGCUCUGCUCUCCGCAGCCCAAGCUGAAGUCUUUCGUCACAUUAACCGUCCGCACUUCCGCCCGUCGUUUUUGUUGGAGGAUUCUCGAAUGCUGUGGCAGUGUCCCCGCACGAUGACGCAGCGCGCCGCAUGUACGGGAGCAUCAUCGACAGGGAUCGUGGCCGGAUCCGCGCCGUGCUGACAAGACUUGGAAACGGAAACACAAACGUCACCAGAUGCAGCCAGACAGCCAGGCAGGCAGCACCUGCGAAACCCGUCCGCCUCGUCAAGAUGCUCGGUCUGGUGGAGGUACACUGCCCUCGGGAUAUUG